GCGGGAAGCAGCAGAGCGGGAGGCAGGACACACAAUCGCAUAACAAGUCAACGCCAUUUUCUGCUGAGACUCAACUCCGCUGUAUUUUUGCGCUUUUUCUCCGGCUGCGCCAGCAGCACCAGGGACCAUGGCAUUCCCCCCUCGGCCGCCCCUAAUGCCCGGGGUCCCUCUUUCCACCAUGAUGGGGGGGCCCUUUACCCUCACCAGUGGGUAUUCAAACAUCGUGCCGGCCGUGGGCAUCCCGAUAUCACAGACCCUCUCACAGAUCCCCACGCCCACCACUACACGGCCGCAACUCCGCUCCAACGCGGACACCGCCACUGUGGCCAAGCCGCCGCAGGGCCCCAACGCCGCCAGCCACGGCAUGAAGCCCCCGAGCUACUCCAAGCGUCUGGAGUCCUCGGGGCCUGCUGUGACGGUGUUCGUGGGCAACAUCACGGAGAAGGCGCCCGAUGUUAUGGUGCGCCACAUCCUUAAUACCUGCGGCAACGUGCACUCCUGGAAGAGGGUGCAGGGGGCCUCGGGCAAGCUGCAGGCCUUUGGGUUCUGUGAGUUCGGGAACCCGGAUGCAGCGCUGCGGGCCAUCCGUCUCCUGCACGACUACGAGAUAGCGGAGAAGAAGCUGGUGGUGAAGGCCGAUGCCAAGACCAAGGAGGUGCUGGACGACUACAAAGAGAAGCGCCGGAAGGCCAAACAGAAUGGCGACGCCUCCCCGCUGCAGGACGAGGUGGAGGAGGGCGACGACUAUCUGGACGAGGACAUGAAGCAGGAGGACGCGACGGCGCUGCGGAGGAUCAACGAGAUUCUCUCCGACCACAAGAAGGAGAUCAUGAACUAUGUGCCGCCGCCCAACAAGAACGACAUGAGGGAGAAGCGCAUGUCCAAGGUGCAGGAGAAGCUCGUCGCACUCUCCAGCGGCGCAGACAUCGCCAACAUACCCACCACCACGGUAAGGAUGCGGGGUUUGUUUGGUGUGUGUCUUGGGGCAAGGUCUUUUUGGGGGGCAAGUUCCUGGUGGAUUGUGGAAUGUAACGCUAGAGGUGGAGUGUGGGAGGCGGGUGUGGGGGUGUGGCAGUGUGGAGCAGUGGCCGCCAACAAAGCGGCUGACACAGAGGACCAGUGGCUGGUGUGGCCAGGCAGGGUGCCAUUAGUGGCCGGCCAGGGUGGAGGCAGUCCAGGGAGUCCACAGCUUGGUGGGUCACACAGGGUCAGGAGGGUUGGCCAGACCCCGGUGCCGCUUGCCUUGUCCUACCUGUCGUCGCCCGCCGUUGAACCUUUCGCCCUAGAGACCAAGGGACGCCCUGGGGGAGUGUUGCGUCGUGGCCCAGGCCCAGCGCAACACCCCAGGGGCCCAGUGUUGAGUGGCGUGUCCCCAGUGUUGCAGAGGGCAGUGUGUUGUGUUGCUGCUCCCCCCACCCCUGACCUCCCCCCUGUGUCCUUACAGAAACAGGAGGAAGAGAAGGAGAGAGAGAGGAGGCUGAGGGAGAAAGAUAGAGAGCGAGACAGAGACCGGGAACGUGAGCGAGAGAGAGAGAGGGACAGAGAAAGGGAGAGGGAGAGGGAGAGAGAACGUGAGCGGGAGAGAGAAAGGGAAAGAGAACGAGAGCGGGAGAGGGAGAGAAGAGAGCGAGAGGAGAAGCUGCGUCGACGGUCUCGGUCUGGGUCGCGCGGAGGCAGCCUGCGGAGGUCAAGGUCACAGUCCACGGACGGCCGGCGUAUGAAGAAGGAGAAGAGGUCCCCCACCCCAGUCAGGAAGAGUGAGAGGGACAUCCUGCGGGAGAAGGAGGAGGAGGCGGAGGACAAGGAGCGCAAGGAACAGGACAGGAAAGUGCGCAAGAAGGAACUGCAGUACCAGGAACGGCUCAAAAACUGGGAGACUCGGGAGCACAAGAAACAGAAGGAACUGGACCGGGAGAGGGAGAAGGACAGGAUAAAGGACAUCGAGAGGGAGAAGGAAGCGCGCAGACUGAAGGAGUUCCUGGAGGACUAUGACGAUGAGAGGGACGACCCCAAGUACUACAAGGGCCACGCGUUCCAGCGGCGGCUGAUGGAGCGGGAACAGGAGAAGGAGAUGGACACAAGGGACCGGGUUAAGGAGAAGGAGGAACUGGAGGAGCUGAGAAACAAGAUCCUGUCAGAAGGACACGACAACCCAGACGCUGCUUUCCAGAAGGCCUGCGCAGAGAGGGAGGAACAGUACAAACCCAAGCUACUCGUCAGACCAUCAGAACGCAAGAUACCCCCACCGCCUGCCACCCCCACCACACCCCCGCCAGUCAUACCCCUCACCCCGGAGCAGCAGGUCACCCCGCAGCCCCAGCAACCCCAGCAGGGACACCCACAGCCCCAGGAGCCCCCCCACCCGCCGACGAGCAACGCGGAAUCAGACUCGGACUCGGACGGACAUGUAUCGGAUGCAGCGCCUGAGCCUAUGGUGUAUAUGGAGGAGAAUUCACAGUCCAGAGAUGGGUUCAUGUCCUCGGCCAACACCACGCCUCAGCAACCCAAGAGGAAGAAGCUUGAUGUGAAGGAUGUGUUCAACCAGGACGAUGAUGACAUGCCCGCCAAGAAGAAGAAGCUGCCCCUGCCCGAGCGGACACUGAGCGCAAGGGAAGACCCGCUACAAAAGUUGCUAAGAAAUUCCUCUGAACCAGGCAAGGACAAGGGCAGCAAGGAGAAGGGUGGCGGCGAGGAGAAGAGAAAACACAUUAAGAGCAUGAUUGACAAGAUCCCCACCAGCAAGGAGGAGCUCUUUGCCUACCCCAUCGACUCUUCCCUGGUGGACAACGUGUUGAUGGAGAAGCGGAUCAGGCCGUGGAUCAACAAGAAGAUCAUCGAAUACAUCGGGGAGCCGGAGCCAACGCUGGUCGACUUCAUAUGCUCCAAAGUGCUGGUCGGCUCGGAACCCCAAUCGCUCCUGAAUGACGUACAGAUGGUGCUGGAUGACGAGGCGGAGGUGUUCGUGGUCAAGAUGUGGCGCCUCCUCAUCUACGAGAUAGAGGCGAAGAAACUGGCCGGGACAAAAUCAUAAACGAAACGAAACUUGUAUAAAGGAGGUAAAGGAGAAAGGUGUGUGAGUGAGCGAGUGUGUGUGUGUGUGUGUGUGUGUGUGUGUGUGUGUGUGUCUAGACCUACACACACAGCUGACUUGUUCUAAAUAAUUCUCUUGUUAAGUUUCAUUUCUCUGUGUGACGACAAUGAUGAUGAUAAUGAUGGUGACGAUGAUGGUGGUGGUUUAUGUAAAGUUUGGACUCAAUUUGAUAGGAUGCACAAAGGAAGGUGUGUGCGUGUGUGUGUGUGUGCCCUCGUGCGUGCGUGGACAUAUGGGACCUGUGGCUGUUUCCAAUCAAUUUUUGCAUUAUUUUCUGUACAUUAUUAUUAUUAUUAUUAUUAUUAUUAUAGAAAGGCCAGAUUAUUUUGCGUCUUCACCUGUAUUUAUUAGUUUCCUGUAUGUGUAUUUGUCUCGUUGCAAAAUUUAUUCACUCAAAAUUUGUGUUUUUUUUUUGUGACUCAUUAUUCUUGUUACUGUUACUGUUAUUUUUAUCAUCCUGUGUCAUCGUUUUAUCAGCACGCUUGACCUGUUUCUCCAUCGCGACGCUUAUAUUCCCCCAUCGUGACGUUUAUAUUUCUCUCAUCCACUCACAACGCCAGACACAGUUUUCUGGCUCACCUCACGUCCAUCUCCCUCGUCACCUCCGCCACACAAACCAUCACUUUAGUAAGAACCAUUCAGACCUCAUCCAUUCUUCAUCACUCGCUAGGUCUAAUUUAUUCAUCCGUUCCCUCGUUCCCUUCUCCCAGUUAUUAUUAUAUUAUUAUUUUUACUUCUACGACUAAACUGGUUUGAUAAUUCCGUGUCGUCUUCGGUGGAUAGGUAGCCGUGCGUACAUACGUAAACAACAAUAACAACAACAGCCACAGUCGUGUUUAUAUGUGUGUGUGUACGACAGACAGACAGACAGAGUUGCCAUUUGUGAAGGACAAAUAUAUAAAAACUGAGAAGCAAUGAAAACUUAUUUAUUUGGAGACCCUAAAAUGAAGAUGGAGGGAGAGAGAGAGGAGAGGAGAAGAUGGAAGGGAAAAGAGAGAAGAUUCAAUAAAAAGAGUCAAAAGGAAGAAGGAGAGGAAGGAGGAAGCAGGAGAGAAAAAGAUAAGAACAGGGAGAAAAAUAAUAGAGGAAGAAAGACAAGAAAAAUAAGGAAUGAGGAAGAAAGGAGAUGAAAAAUAUUAGAAAGAAGAGAAUAAUAAAACAGAUAAAUGAAAAAAUAAGAUACAAGGAUAGGGAGUAAAAGACAGAGAGAGGAAAAGAGGAGGAAUAAAGACAGGAGGAGAAGGAGGAACCAGGAGAGAAAAAUAAAGAGGGAAAAGAAAUGAAUAGAGGAAGAAAUAAGAAUAGAAAGCAGGAAAAAGGAAAGCAGAGAAGAAUAUGAUAGAGAAAUAACUAAUGAAGAAAAACAGAAAAAAGGCUGAGGAAGGAAGGAAGGAGAAAAAAAAAGAUCAGGGAGAGGAGGAGAAUAAAAUAAGGAAAUGAAGAAGAAAGAUUGAAAAAAAAGAUUGAGGAAGAAGAGAAAAAAUGAAAUGGAGAAAUCACAAAGAAAAACAAGGAUGAAGAAGCAGAAGAAAAAGGAGAUUAAAAUAGAGAAAUAAAAAGUGAGGAAACAGAAAAGGAGGAGAAAGAUUAGAUAAAGAAAUUAGGGAAAUAAACACAGAAGGAUGAGGAGGAAGUGGAAGAAAAAGAUAAGAAAGAGGAGGAGGAAAUUUGAAGAGAAAAAAGAGAAAAAGAUGGAAGGAUGAGAAAAAGGAAAAAGACUAAGAGGGGAAAACUGAAAUAAAGAAAUGAGAAAGCAGAAGAAAAGAUCAGGAGAAAUUAAAAAGAAAUGAGAAAGCAGAAAAAGAGGAGGAGGAGAAGGAAAUAAAAUAGAGAAAUGAGACGAUUGUAAAGUGUGUGCUGAAAGAGAGAUGGGUGGGGGGGUGAAUAUAUGUGUGUGUGUGUGUGUGUGUGUGUGUGUCAUGAGUCUUAAGGUCUUUAGCAUAACCUGAAAAGAUAAAUCGCACAAAAUUCAUGUAAUAAACUUGUUACGAGUUAAAAUAAACAGUAAUAUGAGCAAACCAAGACUCAGGAAAGGCUGCCAGGGAUUGGACUAAACUCAUCUAAUAUAUAUCAAACUAAACCUUCCUUACUUACAAUUAUUAAUACUGAGGAUUCUAAGGAGGAAGAAAGGAGGAGGAAACUGAGGAAAAAGAUGAAGAGGAGGAGGAAGAGGAGAGAAAUGAGGAGAAAACUGAGGAAAAAGAUGAGGAGGAGGAAGAGGAGAGAAAUGAGGAAGAAAGGAGGAGGAGGAAACAGAGAGAACUUAGAGAAUGAAGGAUGUGUUUCAAGUCUAGCAAUAGUGUUACAUGCAGAAGUAAACCUAAACCUUGCUUAAAACACAGCAUCAUAGGACUAAUGGAAAUUGUACAAGAGGCCUAAGAGUGGUUUUCAAGUCCCUAGUGAUAGUUUUAGAGGCGUCUUCAUCUUGAACUUGAACUCCCUUAUCUGUGACCUUGGGAAGCAUUUAGUUGAUAAGCUGAAGAACCCAGGAAGACAAUAGUACUGGAAUAGUCAUCAACAUCAGCGGCAGUAGUUAUUAUUAUCAGUAGUAGUAAUAGUAGUAGUAGUAGUAGUAGUAUUGAGAGCCAUGAAAGGGCAACAAGGGGAAACAAUAAAACUGAUUAGACCCAAACAAAUUUCCCACAAUGAGCAGACAUGGAUAGCAAAAAUAAAAAUGAAAAUAAAGUAAGAAAAUUCAUAAAAAGACAUGAAAGAAAGAAAAAUCAAGAGGUGGAGAAGGAAAGGGAAGAGGAGGAAAGGGCACAGAGGAAGAAAACAAGGUAGAUAGGGAAGAGGAAAGUGUAGAUGCAUAGAAAGAAGAAAAGGGGAAGGAUAAGAAGGAAGAGGAUGGGAGAACUGAUAAAAAGGAGGACAAAACAAUACCCAAAACAACAGUGGUGAUGAUUCUGUGUAUUAAGGGUUGUGUGACAGGAAGGUUAGUUUAUAUUUUACUCUAUUUAUUUAUUUUUUACAGUAAAGGAAGCAGCUCAAGGGAAAAAUAAAUGAAACCAAAAAAGCCCACCUGAUUAGCUUAACCCGGUAGCAGCGACGGGCCAAAUUUGUGGCUUUACCGUGUAGCAGCGAUGGGCCAUAUUUGUGCCUUCACCGUGUAGCAGCGAUGGGCCAUAUUUGUGGCUUCACCGUGUAGCAGCGACGGGCCAAAUUUGUGCCUUUACCGUGUAGCAGCGACAGGCCAAAUUUGUGCCAUGAUAUAAACCCCCCAAAAUAGAUGAUACAUAAUCUGAUCGCAAAUGCUUUGAUAUAUAUUAUGAAAUGCUUUGUGUGAGGGGUGAUUUUUUCUCAUUUUUCUCACUUGAAAGGACCAUUAAGAAACAUGAUCCCUGCUGCUACCGGGUUAAAAAAGAGUUCAGUCCACCAGUUUAGUUUAAAAGAAAGAGCUCAGUCCUUCAAAUGCUAGCCUUCCUAAGCUCAUCCCCUGCAUAUAUUACUGAUUAUCUUAACUCGUAACAACUAUUAUUAUAUCGAUCAUACAUUUUCUCUUUUCUGACUAUUUUCAAGACCUCCAUAAAUGACAGCAAAGUUAUAAGAAUUAAAAAGAAGAGGAUAAAAAAGAUACCAAUAGGUUAGUGAUGGGAAAACUACACUAUAUAUAUUCACAUCUGGGGAAGGUAUUAAAUAUCCUGCUAACAAAUUCAGGUGGUUAAGAGAAAAGUGGUGAAGGUAAAACUUGAUUAAACUGAGCAGGUGAGAAUGAUCAACUAGAGAGAGAGAGAGAGAGAGAGAGAGAGAGAGAGAGAGAGAGAGAGAGAGAGAGAGAGAGAGAGAGAGAGAGAGAGAGAAGCAGAAUAAAGACAAGAUAGAUUGAGAAAAGAGAAAGAAGAAAGAUGAAAUAAUAAAUGAGAGAAAUAGACAAAAAUUAAGAAAAGAAGAAGCAGGAAAAGAUGAAAAUGAGGAAGAGGAGGAAAAUAAAAAUAGAGAAACGAGAGAAUAGUAAAGUUUCCCAUGAGAGAGAGAGAGAGAGAGAGAGAGAGAGAGAGAGAGAGAGAGAGAGAGAGAGAGAGAGAGAG